AUGUGUGGAUGCAGAAACGAAGACGCUAAGCUGUAUGAGAUCAUCAAACAAGCGUUCUCAUUAGACGCUACCACAGCAAAACCGCUAUCAUCACCAGAAGAAACUCAAGCUCUAACCAGACUUGAAUCCACUACCGCCUUGAAGAAUGGCAGGUACGAGUUGAAGGAGCAAAUCACCAAGCUAAUCGAAAACCUCGUCGAAAAGGGCUAUGCUCGCAUGCUGACGCCGGAGGAAAUAGCUGCACCAUACAGACGGACAUGGUAUCUACCAACCUUCAUAACUAAGAAUCCAAAUAAACCAGAGAAGGUCCGGCUUGUAUGGGAUGCAGCCACCCAAUCCGGCGGCAAGGCCCUGAAUAACUACAUCUGGAGUGGGCCAGAUCUCCUAAACUCCCUGUUUGACCUCUUACUCUCAUUCCGAGUGGGACGAGUGGCGAUCUGUGGCGAUAUCGCCGAGAUGUUUCACCAGAUCCGAGUGAGAACAGCAGACACCCAUGCGCAAAGGUUUCUGUGGUUCGACAGCAAAUCCGAGAGGCAAGAGCCUAACGUCUAUGUUAUGGAAGCGCUUACUUUCGGAAUCAAUUGCGCACCCUCCAUUGCACACUUUAUUCGUGACAAAAAUGCAGAACGAUUCUGCCAACAGUACCCUCAAGCAGCUCAAGCCGUGAAGUACUACCACUACGUGAAUGAUUUUAUAUACAGUGGCGACGACUACGUGGAAGUCGGAAACAUCGCAACUCAAGUCAGAGAUAUCCAUGCAGCAGGUGGUUUCCACAUACGCAAUUGGUCUUCUAACUCAAAGGAGGUCCUACGAAUACUAAAGAGCGAUUCGCUGCUCCCCGAAGCUGUCAAAAUAACCGCCACAGAAAAGGUACUCGGCUUAUAUUGGGUGCCGAACUCCGACGUAUUCACAUUCAUCUGCAAGUUCGCCAGGCUGAAGCGCAACGUUUUAGACAGCGACAAAACACCAACCAAACGCGAGCUCUUGCAAGUACUUAUGUCAAU